GUUGGUUCAGACAAUACCAUGUGAAACUCUGCUCUAGUUUGUCCCAUUGUUCAAGACCACAAGUUUGAGAGAGGUUCGAAUUCAUUCAUUGAUCUUUCUAUAUAUACACAUAACAUUACCGAUUCUUUCAAAAUCAUCAACCAGCAAACAAGCAAUAUAUCCAAUAACUUGAAUCUUUUCAUACAUCUUCGAGGCUUCAGAAAAAGAAACUAGAAAUGGCUUUCGUGAGAAAUCUAUUGGGUGCCAAGAAGAUUCUUGGAGCCGCAACAAGCAAAAGAGCAACCUCGGCGGCACCAAAGGGGUUUCUUGCGGUGUACGUAGGAGAGAGCCAGAAGAAGAGAUAUGUGGUGCCAAUCUCAUACUUGAGCCAGCCUUCUUUUCAAGCUCUUCUGAGCAAAUCUGAAGAAGAGUUUGGGUUCGAUCAUCCAAUGGGUGGCUUAACGAUCCCUUGUCCUGAAGAUAUCUUCAUCAACGUAACGUCUAGGCUCCAAUGAUGAUGAUCAAACAUAUUGUUCUUCUAGUUAGAGAUAUACUUUGUUCCUUGUAAAUAGAGGAUAGUUUGUUUUUUUUUCCUCUCUUUCUUCCCGGAAGAGUUCUAAAAUUUGAAAGUGGAAUAUAAUUUUUAUGCUAUAAACACAGCAUAAUUCAUGUUAAA